UCUAAUUUCAGUUAAGGGUCUAAAAUCGCAUAGUUUGGUCUGAAAUAAGGUGAAGAUUUGAAGAAAACAGGGCGCGGCACCUGGUUGAGUACCCCCUGAUGUAGAAAACUAAGCCGCAGACCAAAAAUUCGCAGGCUCUGAAAGCGAAGUCAGAGCAAGUACACACGCAACCCUUUGGACUUUUUAUUAAGUUUACUCAUUUCAAGAAAUGACUUGAAAACCGGGACAGUGUCCAGACUCAUCAACAGAAUCGUUUUAAAUCCAAAAGAGGGCCUCGACAGGAAAAGAGGUCAAAAGCUUCUGAACUGAAGAACCCUAUUGACGACACCGGAAGUUGCAAUGGACAACGAGCUCAAAUGUGAUCACAAUAACUUGGAAACAGGUUCCACAACGCGACCAUUAUACCCAAUCGCUGGAGAAAGCAAUACACAUAGAGAAUUCUGUUGCAAGCAUAGAAGUGAACAUUCAAUAGAAGAUGCACCUUCUAGUCGACUGAAAUUGGAGCACGCUUACGGUCUGCAAAGUCAGGCGGAGUCAACAAGUCGUUGUAACGGCAUUCUGGCCUCGGGGAAGCUAUUCAGGCUCGUAACGAAAGCAGCAGGUUUAUGGAAUCCAAGGGUAAAACGCUAGCUCUGCUUUGCGCCUUUUUUGUAGCUUUGAAUAUUUUAUCAUUGCUGGCAGAAAUAAUAAUUCCAAGUAUCUGUGGUCCCUUUGUCGAUCGUUGCGUUACAAUUUCCAAGAGCGUGACAAAUGUGACUAGCCAAUCAACGGUGGAUCCCCUGGUUAUCGAGGUAUACGACAUAACGUUGGCGUUCGACGCGUGGAAUGCUCUCUCCGAUACUACGACUUACGUGCUCUUAAUUUACACUCUGUGGCGCGUGGAAGGACAUUUGCCUUCUUUCUCUCUUGUUUCUGCACAAGCCAAAGUUAGCUCACGCGAGUGGCUUUUAAUUAACGCAAUGUUGGUGAUUUGCUCCCUGGCCAUUACAGUUGCAAGUGCUUUCCGAAUAUCCGCGGUUGGAUACAGCAAAAUGAAAUUUUACGGCAUAUUUGGGUUAGGAAUACUGAUUGUUUACUUGACAGCGUUCAUAUGUUGCUACGUUUUCGCUGUUGUGUCUUUCGCAUUGGUUAGUUUAGUUGACGCAUGUUUCGAGGAAAUCCGUAACAUGGGUGAAGGAACCCUUAAUGACGUCACCGCUGCACAUCAAAAGUUGUGCAGAAAACUGUCAACAGCUUCACAAUCGUUUAAAACCUGGCUUAUUGUUCCGUUCAUAUGUUGCUACGUUUUCGCUGUUGUGUCAUGCGCAUUGGUUAGUUUAGUUGACGCAUGUUUCGAGGAAAUCCGUAACAUGGGUGAAAGAACCCUUAAUUACGUCACCGCUGCACAUCAAAAGUUGUGCAGAAAACUGUCAACAGCUUCACAAUCGUUUAAAACCUGGUUUAUUGUUCACUGGUUAAUGUUCGGCGCUAACUGCCUUGCUGUGUUCGUUUUUGACUCGAUGCAUUUUUCAUUGUUUUCUCGACACUUCAGCGGGGCGCCUACCGUUUUCAUGGCCGUAGCUUUUGUUCUUAACUUCUCAAUCUUCCUUGUGCCCUGUGUAUACGCUUCGAGAGUGACAUGGAAAUGUAACGACUUACUGUCCAAAGUAAACAGCAUGAGCUCGGGAAACUGGAACGAGUGGCACCCUUUCCGUGACCGCACUGUGGUAAAUGAAUUUAUUUUCUAUGCAGAACGGAGUAAAUGCGGCUUCGGGAUCGGAAGCGUGGCGUUUGGGUCCAGUGGUACUUGGAUUUCUCUGUGUUUAGGUCUGCUUGGUUUAGGUGCUAGACUGUUUACUUACAUCAAAUAACUGAAGUUGGAAUUCGGUA